GAGGAGGGCGUGCAGGCCGGCGAGGCGUCGCCAGCGCCCGGCCCCUUCGCACCGGAGCGUGUGGCCUCGUUUGCACUCCCACUUUUUGGCUGGUUUGUUUGUGUCAUCCUCUGGCGAGGAGAUCGUCUCUGGAGCAUUGUACUCUCAGAGCCACUCGUCCCAGCAAAGUCGCGCGCCCCUUGGCUAAGAGAGUCUGCCAGGACCCGGGAGCUCAGCAACUGCAGGGAGCGGCGCGGCGCGCGACUGUUUAUGGAGCUCUGGGCUGGGGCUGAGCCGGCGAUCGUGCCCCGAGCCCGCUGUCCAGGCCAUGCCCCCGCCCCCGCGCGAGGAGCCGCGGCCACCAGGCCUCUGGGGCUGAUCCCGGAGCCCGGAGAAGAAGGGGCGCCCGCGGCGGGCAGCGCGGCGGACCCAGUACUAUGGCUGUGUACUGCUAUGCGCUCAAUAGCUUAGUGAUCAUGAAUAGCACCAACGAGGUAAAGAGCGGUGGCCCCGGCCGGGGCCCCAGCGGUCCCGAGACGCCUGGGUCCCGGGGGCGGACUUUGCUGAGCCCCGGCAGCGUUUUCAGCCCCGGGAGAGGCUCCUCUUUCCUCUUCCCUCCAGCGGAGUCGCUGUCUCUGGAGGAGCCUGGGAGUCCCGGGGGCUGGCUGAACAGCCGGCGCCGGCUGAGCAGUAGCAGCAGCAGCGGCGUGGGCAGUCCAAGUUGGGCGGGUCGCUUAAGAGGGGACGGGCAGCAGGUGGUGGCUGCCGGUCCCGUCUUCUCACCCGGGCCGGAGGAGGCCAGGGGGAAGCUGCGGAUCCUGCAGCGCGAGUUGCAGAACGUGCAGGUGAACCAGAAAGUAGGCAUGUUCGAGGCGCACAUCCAGGCGCAGAGCUCCGCCAUUCAAGCGCCCCGCAGCCCGCGUUUGGGCAGGACUCGCUCGCCCUCCCCGUGCCCCUUCCGCAGCAGCAGCCAACCCCCUGGAAGGGUCCUGGCUCAGUGCAGCCAGAGCGAGGAACGGAGGACAAAGUCCUGGGGGGAGCAAUAUUCAGAGACGUCAGAGACCGACUCGCAGAGGAGAGGAAGGGCUCUCAGUCCGUGCCCCACGAAGGACAAGGAGGGUAUGGUGGCACCUGUCCCCACUCGGGCCACACCGACAGGAUCAGGGGCUCAGGGGCCAGCUACAUCAGCGAGAAUGGAGAAAAGGUCCCCUGACAGUCCCCCCUGUAGCACAGCCAAAACUGUGGACAUUGACCUGAGGGCCUCUCAAAUGAGCUACCAGGCUCUCUCCUUGGGCCUGGACAGAGCGAACUUUGUGGUGACCACAGAAGUGACAACGGGAGCCACUUCCAUUGGGUCACACCGUUCACAAGAUCUUACCUUCAUAGAACUUGGAGGUGCGCAUUCCCAAGAGACUAUGGUGCAAAAGCAGCUGCCUUCUCUGGGCAGUGAGAGAAACCCAGCCGUGGAUAGCAGCUUGCCCAGAGGUGGGGAGCCCCCUGAGAAAGUGGGGAAAGGAAAUCUAUCAUGUGGCAUGCUGGGCUCCAGGGUGCCUGAAGCCCUUGAAAGGCUGGAGGAGAUGACCGUGAACUCGCCAAGCUUGGAGCCCUCUGAGGUCUGGAGGUGGCCAAGACAGGCUGGAAACCUAGGUCCCAAGGAGACCCCAAGUGGCACCUGGCUGGUUGGGGGGCCUCAGCAGAGCUCCCACAAAGGGGAGGAUGAGUCUCCGAGGCUCAGUUUGUUUGGGGGCAGCCACUCCACCCCACUGGGGACCCAGGAGAUGGAGGUGGGGAAGCCCUCUGAAGGAAUGCUGGAGCCUUUGGCCUGUUUGGGAACAAAAGAUCUGAAGGAACCUGGCCUUUCUAGGGUCAGGGUGGGUGUGCAGCCUGGCACCCCCAUAGUUUGUCAGGGGCCCGUGGAAGAAACAGGUCUAACUCGGAGGUGCGACACUGGGAUACAGGCCGAGAACCCUUGGGAGAGCCAGCAGCAGAACAGAGAUGCCCAAGGGAUGCCUGAGCAGCUGUCUGCAGGUCAGAAGGACCCACCUUCCCAGCGGGAGGUCUGCAGCCCCAGUGCUAUCCCUGCUGUCAUCAUUACAGACCUGGGCGAACAGGAGGAAGGGGGAUUGGAGGAAACACAGGGAAGCCCUCGGGGCACACUGCCCCUGAGGAAACUGUCCUCUUCCUCGGCCUCCUCCACGGGCUUCUCAUCCUAUGAGGACUCAGAGGAGGACAUCUCCAGUGACCCUGAGCGCUCCUUGGACCCCAACUCUGCCUUCCUGCAUACCGUGGACCAGCAGAAGCCCAGAGUGAGCAAAUCAUGGAGGAAGAUCAAAAACAUGGUGCACUGGUCUCCCUUCGUCAUGUCCUUCAAGAAGAAGUACCCCUGGAUCCAGCUCGCAGGGCAUGCAGGGAGCUUCAAGGCAGCGGCCAAUGGCCGCAUCCUGAAGAAACACUGCGAGUCGGAGCAGCGGUGCCUGGACCAGCUGAUGACCGAUGUGCUGAAGCCCUUCGUGCCCGCCUACCACGGGGAUGUGGUGAAGGAUGGCGAGCGAUACAACCAGAUGGAUGACCUGCUGGCCGACUUCGACUCACCUUGCGUGAUGGACUGCAAGAUGGGGGUCAGGACCUACUUGGAGGAGGAGCUCACCAAGGCCCGAAAGAAGCCCAGCCUGCGGAAGGACAUGUACCAGAAGAUGAUCGAGGUGGACCCUGAGGCCCCCACUGAGGAGGAGAAGACCCAGCGGGCUGUCACCAAGCCACGCUACAUGCAGUGGAGGGAGACCAUCAGCUCCACGGCCACCCUCGGGUUCAGGAUCGAGGGCAUCAAGAAGGAAGAUGGCUCUGUGAACCGGGAUUUCAAGAAGACCAAGACGAGGGAGCAGGUGACAGAGGCCUUCAGAGAAUUCACGAAAGGAAACCAGAACAUCCUGAUUGCCUACCGGGACCGGCUGAAGGCCAUUCGAGCCACCCUGGAAGUGUCUCCUUUCUUCAAGUGCCAUGAGGUCAUCGGCAGCUCCCUCCUCUUCAUCCAUGACAAGAAAGAGCAGGCCAAGGUGUGGAUGAUUGACUUUGGGAAGACCACCCCGCUGUCCGAGGGCCAGACCCUGCAGCAUGAUGUUCCUUGGCAGGAGGGGAACCGGGAGGACGGCUAUCUCUCCGGGCUGAACAACCUGAUUGACAUCCUGACCGGAAUGGAAGACCCACGAGCCUGAGCACCUCCGCCCGCCCCCACGGCCGCUCUUGCCUUAUCUCUCUCCCUCUCUCCCUCUCUCCCUCCCUCCCUCCCUCCCGGGAUCAAGCCCAUAACUGACCCUCCCAAACUGCACUGUGUAGACGAGGGGAAGAGGUAAGGUUUCCUCGGGGAAACCUAACAGGAGGGCUUGGGUGUCAGGUUCUCAUGGGUCUUUGUACAUAGGACCGCCGGCUAGAAAAGAAACACCCAGACCUGGGGCUCAGCCUCCUGUUAGAGCCCAGGGGAGGCUGCUGGGGAUGCCUCUGGGGGGCCCUGGAAUAAACAGGCCUACUGGGCUGAACCGUGGGGCCUGCUGCCCCCUGGUGACCAGUGUCGCUAGUGCAGCCCCUCUCUGCUGCCACCUUCCAGGCUGAGGUUCAGGGAGCCAGGCCUUGUGAUCAUGGGGACACAAGACCUUUCAGGGAGCCUUUCAUUGACCAUUGACGGGGGAAGGUACCAUCCCAUUGGCAACUCGGAUUGGUCUCAGCAGGAAGCGCGCCCAUUCAGGGCGGAAAGCCCCCAGUUGGGGGCCUGAUCCAGGAAGACAAAAGCGGGAUGGAUGUCCUCAGACCCAGGCCUCCCAGAGUGAGGUGGCAGGAGCGGUCGCAUUCCAUCUAUGGCCACUGCCCAUGGGCUCAGCGGGCACCCGGGCAUGGCUGCCUGCCCUGCGGCAAGGUCCAGAGGGCUGGUGGAGGGUAGGGGCAGACACAGACCGCGAGAGGAAGGCAAAGCCCUCAGUGACUGGACUCUAGGCCAGGAGGAGACUCUUCCCCUCGCUCCCCCCCCCCACGCUCCUUCAGAGUCACCAAUCCCCAGGGAGGCGUCUCGACACCCCCCCCCCCACUGUGAGAAGCCGGUUGGCACAUUUUGCAGCCCCAAAUCACUGAGACCUGUGCUUCCCGAGUGGGGUGAGGGCGGGGAAGAGGGGACUUUCUCCCAAAGAUUGGCGGGAAACUAACUUUGAACCUUGUUUAAAUUGUAAGGCCAAGUCUGCAUUAUUUGGGAGAAUGUAAGACUUGCAUGGCGUUCUCAGAAAGGCACUCCUGACCCUGUUGCUGUAUGGAGCGGUGUCCCCAGAUUCACAGGGCUUGCCGCAGCGCAGGGGCUGCCAGCUGUCGGGGGUGGGGGGCAGGGCAGGAAGCUGCUUCAGGAGGUGUGGCCAGAGGGGGUGGUUCCUGGGACACCCAUCCCAUCACCCCAGGAUCACAGAGGGGGAACCCUGACUAGUCCACGUGACACCUUUUCCCUUUCCUGUUAGGUGAGCGACUGAUGGGAGGGCGUGGGAGGUGGGACGCAGCAAGGAGGCGGAAGCACACCUUUCUGAAAAGGAAACCACUUUUGAACUUCCCAGCUCUUGUUCAGAAUCGUGGUGCGCCCCUUCUGCCCAAAGUCAGACAUAGCCCAGUGUGCUGAGCUGAGUUGGAGAGCCUGUGGGCUGGGGGUAGGCGAUCCUCCCUGAAGGAGGGGCGGCUCUGGUUGCAAGCUGCAGUCAGGCCCCUCCCUGUGCAUUUGGAGGGACCUUGAGGGUCUGUGCCUCAGCCAGCUGCAGAAAGACUGUUGUUGAUUCAGACAUAAAGAUUCUAUGGCCCUGGCCAGCCAAAGGCUACCUUUGUUACCUAGGAAAAAUGUCUGCUAAAGCAACCGAAUGAUAAGAACAACAACAAAAAAGAAGGGACCAGCUGAGCGAAUUUAAGAGAACACACUUUCUAAGCCCUUUAAGCAGGUGCCUGGUGUUUGCAGACAAUGUGCUAUCUGCAAAUAGUCAUUGAGUUUUAGGAGGUCCGGGGCAGGGGCAGGGCCUCCUAUUGGCAAUAUUUUGCUUUGGACCGUGUAUGUAUAUGAAGGUGGUAUAAAGUGAUAUCUUUUUAGGGUCAGUCUAUUAAUUUAGAUUUUUUUAAAAUGUAUCUACCAUGCUAGUUCUCUCCCAUGUGUACCCUCUUUCAACCCGUUCCACCCCAGGCCCCAGCUCUGACACCCAGCACCUCCCCCACGGGUCUCCAGCAGGGAGCAAUGGCUCCCUGGCAUGGAACUUCCCUGCUCAGCCCUGGUUCUGAAAGAUCUGGGGGUGCUGGGGAUGGGUCUCCAGGUAGGGGGAUAUCCUGUGAGUGCCAGGCCCUCCCAUCCUGCCCUCGCUGUCUUGCUCUGGGGCCCUGAGGAGCCCAGUACUAACUUGUCCCGAGGACAGCAGGUAUCCUCGACUGCUCUGCCAGACUUGCUUUUUAGUGUCAUAUAUGAAGGUUUUAAGUUAUAUUUAUUUUGUUGGUUUUUUAAAUUGCACAAAACACUAAGACUGAACGGCUGUAUUUUCGUUUUCCUUUAAAGCUUUGCUUUCUCUCCUUUCCCACUUGGUGGAAAGAGCUAGAAGCAGCCUCUGCCCCCCCCCACCCAAAUGGACUGUUUCCUUCGUGGUCUGGAUUUAGCUUGGAGUUCUUUGGGUCCGGUUAAUCCCCACAUAUCUCUCUCCCCUGGCCAUGACUGGGGCAGAGGCCGGGGGUCUGCCCACGGCUGGUGCACUGACCGCCACUUGGAGGGGCUUUCCCCAGAGGGGCUCUCCAACCUCUCUGGGCCUGGCUUCCCGAGGGAGUUGGAGCACCACACACAGUGCCUGUCAAACAGACUGCAUAUGCUCUGUACCUACCCGAAUAAAGGCCCCAAGACCACA